GGGAGAGAAUUCUCCAUUUUGAUUACAUUUUCUGAUACACGUUACUGUUAAUCUAAUGGAUAUUAUCAAUAGUGUUGAUGAGAGAACAGGUAUAAUGGUUGGUCUCUUCCUAAUGUGCAUCGGAUUCUUAAUAACAAUGCCACUUGGGAAUGAACUGCCUAAAAUAGGAAUGAUAGAUAUAGACACAUUAAAUUCAUCAUAUGAUAUAACACAGAACAGCUCCACUGUGGCUCUUGGCUGUAGAUACCCAAAGUUAAAAUGGUGCACUCACGUCCCUAGGAUGUACUUAUCCCAGUACAUAAUAGGAGCCAUUAUAUUCACACUGGGCUAUCCUGCAGCUUUUGUGUAUUGCUUCACACUUUUCUCUAAACUCCUUGGUCCUAAACCACAAGGUAUAAUGAUGGGGGUAAUAACAGCUUCUGGUAGUCUUGCUAGAUGUGUUGGUCCUCUCUUUGUUACUUUUGUGUAUGAUGCCACUGGCCCUCAGAUUACACUAGCAACUGUUGAUGGGAUACUAGGACUGGCUAUCAUUCUAUUAGCUGUCAGUUACUAUAGACUAGUGCCUUUGGGUCAUAAGAGAGGGUUCAGUAAAAGAUUGUAAUGCUAAUUCAAUGUGUGAUGAAACUGAAUGUUAUAAAUUAUAAUAUUUUAUGUUAAAGUGAGAUGAACAUUAUUAUUGAAAUGAAUACAGC